UGUACCAAUGGGAGGUUAUGAAGAUGAAACACGGCUGAGAUGUGUUGACUCAACAGGCACAUGUUCACCCGUGGUGCUGAAGGAACAGCUCAGUGAGCCCCGUCGCAAUGAAACAGCCCGGUGCUUCCUCAUCACCAUCACUCCUCAAAGUUUGCGGCUCAUUUCAUUCGCUCUGACCAUGAAGAGACAAAACAUCAGGACCCUCGUGUUAAUCAUCUGCACUUUCACUUAUUUGCUCGUCGGAGCGGCUGUUUUUGACGCUUUAGAGUCCAAGAUGGAGAUCACCCAAAAGAAGAUCCUGGACGAUCGGAAGCGAGAGCUAAUGGACAAGUACAACUUGAGCAAAGUCAAUUUUGACGAGCUGGAGCGGGUCGUGCUGCAGCUGAAGCCGCACAAGGCUGGAGUCCAGUGGAGGUUCGCUGGCUCCUUUUAUUUCGCCAUCACGGUUAUUACCACCAUAGGAUAUGGCCAUGCGGCCCCCAGCACGGAUGGUGGGAAGGUGUUCUGCAUGUUCUACGCUCUUCUAGGGAUUCCUCUCACCCUGGUGAUGUUUCAAAGUCUGGGUGAACGCAUCAACACAUUCGUCAAGUAUCUGUUGCACCGUCUCAAAAAGUGUCUUGGCCUUCGGAACACCGAGGUCUCGAUGGCUAACAUGGUGUGCAUUGGCUUAAUAUCCUGUAUGAGCACCUUGUGUGUGGGAGCAGCGGCUUUCUCCCGCUAUGAGGACUGGAGCUUCUUCCACGCAUACUAUUACUGCUUCAUAACCCUCACCACCAUUGGUUUUGGGGACUAUGUAGCCCUGCAGAAGGAUAAUGCGUUACAAACCAACCCCCAGUAUGUCGCGUUUAGCUUCAUGUACAUCCUCACGGGACUCACAGUCAUCGGCGCCUUCCUAAACCUGGUGGUUCUGCGUUUCAUGACCAUGAACGCUGAGGAUGAACGUCGCGAUGCCGAACAGCGUACGUUGCUGUCCCGAAACCGGCAGAGCGGCGGCGCCGGAACCAACCACUGCAUGUCUGACCCGCCAUCUUCAUCCACCGCAGGCCACGGAGGAGGCUCUGGGAAAGGGUUGUGUAACGUCUACGCCGAAGUGCUGCAUUUCCAGUCCAUGUGCUCUUGUCUCUGGUACAAAAGCCAGGAGAAGAUGCGCUACUCGAUUCCCAUGAUUAUUUCGCAUGAUCUGUCAACUUCAGACACCUACAUGGAGCACAGCGAGACCUCCGACGCCCUUCACUCCAACGGCUGCGUGUGCAGUGCCUUGCAGGAGCACUCGGCCACCAGUUCGGUGUACACGGGCCUGCUCAGCCCAGCACAUUACCAAAGACUCUCCAAACGCCGCAGCUCCAUCUAGAGGGCUGGAGGAUGUAUUGCAUGUGAAUCUCUUCGCCUUACGAAACCAACCACUGUUAUACUUGGGGUUGAAAAAAAAAAAAAACGCUGCUUCUAAGCUGCUCGGAUCCUCUGUCAGUCGAAUAUAUGUAAUGUAGUGAUAGACGGGGGAGGGCGGCCUGUCAGCAGGUGCUGCUUGAGGACCGGAGACGUAGCAGCGUGCAAUAAACACAGGGUAAAGGCCUGUCUUAUUUAAGGUACACUUUGAGGAUUUCGAGAAAAGACAAAACGCAAACUGCUAGCUCUUUUCUGAGCUUAAGGGUAAAUGGAAACAAAUGCAGGUCUUUCAAAACCAAGUCCCAAAGUGUCAGGCUCUUCUGGUUUUGAGUUGAAUAGAUAGUUUGUGUGAUGCAACCAUUUAUACAGUUCUUUAUUAUUUUUUCAGGAGUUAUGAAGUAAUGAUAGUAAUUAAAGAAAUAAAAUAUUAACAAACAAUUAUUUUAUAUAACAACUUUGCUAAUGAUUAGUAUAGACCUUAGUCAGGUAAGUGCCUUAUUUAAUUUCUGAAAAGGAAUGGAGCGCUGCAGUGAUGACGUAUGUUUGUAGGCCAACCUUAGCUGGUUCAUCAUGAUCAUCUCCACAGAUGAACACAACUUUUAUGAAUUCUGAAGGCUAAAUACCAUGGCCAGAAAUAGAAAGCUAAAUGUAAGCUACAAAUAACUAAAUACUCAAUGUCACCACCAAUAAGCUUGAUUUCUUUAUUUUAAAGGGGUCAUCGGAUGCUAAGUUCUCUUUUGCAUGCUGUUUCAACAUUAAUGUGUGUUGUACAAAUCUACCCUGUAAUGGUAAAAAUCCAUGCCUUGGUUUUUAAUUAAUCUGUAAAAAUAAUGUCCCCUUUUUCAAAUCGAGUCAUUCUCAGAUGCCUGUCGUUGUUGCGUCACACCCACAGAGGCCGCUCCCACGAUAGUUGAUUGACAUGAGCAUCUUACCUCAGAUCAGUUGUAACAGACCAACCUCCAUGUUUUGAUGCCAGAGCAGGGAUGAGGUUAGAAAAGAACUGAGCGGUUGAGGUGUUGUGUUGCUGUAUGUAAUAAUGAACGUAGUGGUCAUCAUUUACUCCCAACAUCUGAGCCGCUGAAGAUGCAGUGGAUUACGUUUGUUUGUGAAGGGAAUGCGCCUCCCGAUCUACAUAUAUCCGUCUAUUUUCACACAAAUCAUUCAUGAUCCAGCUUCACUUACAGCAGAAGUGAGUAUAAGGGUUUUUUAUGAAUCUUUGCGAUCGUCUUUCCUAACAAAGUGCUAGUUAGCAAGUGUAGCGGCUAAACACAGCUAAAUGCGGCUAAAGUAAACAGGCUCGUCACUCCACAGAGAGAAGAGAGGGGUGGGGCGAGCAGAGAUCAUUUGCAUUUAAAGCAGCCUCGACCAGAAUGAGAUGAUUUUUGCAGAGCUGAUUUUGGCAAGGUAAAAAGGGUGUUGUUUUACACAACCAUUGAGAAUUUUUAACCAAAGGAUAUUAUAGACUUUUCAUUAAGACCCUAAAGAAUCAUAUCAACUUGUGGAAAAUGGGCAUCCGAUGACCCCUUUAAAAAUAUUUUCCUUGAAAGUUUGAAUUAAAAUAGUUUUCAAGAGUGUGAUUAUAAACACAACAAGACUCUGAAAGGUGUCUAAUCAGUAACUUCUGCAGUCCUAUUUAGCCACUUAUUAGCAAGUAUAAGCAUUUAAAAAAAUCCAGGGGGAGUAUUACUGAUGUAGAUUGUGUAAACCACAGAGUUAUUUCAGACAUUUAACCAAAAACCCAUUCAAAAAUCAUGCUGUCUUCAGAACCAUGGAACCAGAAGUGCUAAAAUGCACUAUGUUUGGAGGUUUUGGCCUAUAAAAAUAUCUCAUCCCUGCAGCACUCCAUGAAAACAAGGCUGUGAGGGAGAGAUACACGGUGCGUUUAAUGGAUUGUAUUGCUCUUGAACAACUUGCCGAUUGGUUGCUGGCGAAAAGUCUUUUUGGAAAAACUUUCAGCAAACAAAAACUCAAACAGUUUUAAAAGUUCUGAGUUGUGAAUUACAUAUCGAUAUUCCUCACAGCCUCUUUUUCAUCCAUGUAAAAUUCAAUAUGGUGUCUAAUCUGACUAAGGUCUAUUUGCUUUUUGUUUUCUUCAAACUCACAUUCACAAUGAAUUGUAUUGUUCAUCUAUCCACGAGUUCCCUUUUUCUGUUUUUAUAUCCACUGUUAUUUUAACCCAUCACUAUGUUUGUCUGAGUAAUUAUUUGUUUGCAUUAUUGUAGCUAUUGUAACAUCUCUGUUUUUUAAAUGAUAUUUGAUUAUAUAAUUGCAUAGGAUUAUAUUGUACUUGAAGUUGCACUUUAGAUGAUAACUAUUAGCUUCAGGGCUGUAGAGUGCACAGAUUAUCUUUUAAGGUCGACAUGAAUCUGAAUGGACCCUAUUUACAUUCUUGUUCCUGGUCCUGUAGUCGUGCACAAUUCAUCAUGUUAUUCCAAAGGACGAAAUUUUUUGUAAUCUUUGAUUAAAAUGUAUAUAAAUAGAAUCUGCUUCUAAAAUAAUUUAAAAAAACAAGCGAAGCCAAUUUUUAAAAAUGAAAUUAACAACCAUUUAAGCAUUGUUUUAGGCCAAUUUUGUUGGUAAUGUCUUAUAAAAAUCUUUCUUGCUGAUAAAUAAAGGUUACAGCAAUAAAAGCAAAUCAGAAUUUGAACAUGAUCCCAAAAAAAAUGACCCUGAGGCCAUGCAAACAUGAGUUUGUUUCUUCAUCAGAACAGAUUAAGAGAAAUUUGUCAUUACAUCACUUGCUCACUAAUGGAUCCUCUGUAGUGAAUGGGUGCCAUCAGAAUGAGAGUCCAAACUGCUGAUAAAACGGUCACAAUAAUCCACAAGUAAUCCACAUGACUGUAGUCCAUCAAUUAAUGUCUUUUGAAGCAAAAACUGUAUGUUUGUAAGAAACAAAUCCAUUUUAAGACAUUGUAAACACAUAAUUUAGGCUAAAAUACAAGUCUUUUCUCUGAAUCAGGAGAGAAAUAUGCACAGAUCAAGCUCUGUUUACAAGUGAAUGCAGUCCAAAACAGUUCUAAACAAAUGCACUGCCCUCCAAAAGUUUGGAAACACCCCUGGCAAAGUGUGGUUUUGGACAAUAUCAGCAUAAAUCCUUAUCAUUUUUUGGUGCAAAUACAUGAAAGCAACUUGACAUUAUCAUUGAAGGUCAGCAAUAAUAAUUGUAAUUUUGAUUACAUAAUAAUGGCAAUCUAUACAUGUCAAAGUCAGACAUGCCCCUUUUCCAGCUGUGAUGCCUGAUUACUGGUUUAAACUUGGCCCAGGUUUUUAAAAGAUUUUUGGGUCAGCACACCUUAAUAGCUUCAACAAUUGAUUGCCAAUUAAGUUUGGAAUACAAUGAAUUUAGGCCCAGAUUAUGCAAAGCUGUAAUAGCUGCUACUGGUAGAUAUUUUGAUGAAUCGAAAGUUUUUUCUAUGUAUAAACUGUUUAUGUAAUAAAAUAUGUUUUCAUAGUUUGUGUUGUCCAUUAUCAGUGCAAAAUUAUCACAAAUUAAAAAGGAUUUGUGCCAGUAGUGUCCAAAACCCCACUUUUCUAAGGUGUUUCCAAACUUUUGGAAGGCAGUGUAUGUCUGUGGAUUUUGAUGUGAAAGGACAACAGGGGAUGGAUUUUUUCACUGGAGGAAGUAUUAUGGAUUAUGGACUUGUAUUUUGAAGCGAUGGUUUCAAGUUAAAAGCCUUGAUGGAUGUUUUAUUUAUUUAUUUAUUUAAUUACGAAAACAAACAGCUUUACACCUCUCAAGAAGUUAAUUGACAGACUAGAGUGGUUUGGAUUACUCGUGGAUUAUUGUGAUGUUUUUAUCAGCUGUUUGUACUCUGACAGCACCCAUUCACUGCAGAGCAUCCGUUGGUGAACAAUUAUAUUUAUGAUGUGAUAAUCUACAUGUUGGAUAGUCUGAGGGUGAGUAAAUUUUCAGCUAAUUUUCAUUUUGAGUGGUCAGUUCCUUUAAAAGGGUCAUCGGAUGCAAAACUCACUUUUACAUGUUGUUUGAACAUAAAUGUGUGUUGGCAGUGUGUGUCCACAACCACCCUAUAAUGAUAAAAAUUAGGGAUGCACCGAAACGUAUCGGCCGAAAUGCUUGCGCGUUUUGUCAGUAAAGCCGGUUCUGUAAUCAGCGGUAAAUGCCAUCAGGUGCGUGAUUUCACGUUGAGCCGUAUAUACUACACACAGCCGUUGUUCACCGACGAGCUGCGCAAAUUCACACUGAUAAUGAACAUGGAUUUGCGCAGCUCGUCAGUGAACAACGGCUGUGAUCCACCCAGUGGUAUUUUUUAAUCCCUAAAAAUAACAUCCCCUUUUUCAAAUCAAGCCAUUCUCAGCUUCUUGUCUGUGUGACCUCACAAAAACCCAGGCCGCUCCCAUUAUAGUUGAUAGCCGUCUUACCUUAGACCCGCCCUGAGUGAGCUGAGAACUGUCAUAAACAUAGCAGUCUUCAUUUACUCCCGACAUCUGAGCUGCUGAAGACGCAGAGGAUUAAAGUUACUUUUGUUUUUGAAGGAAAUGCACGUCUACAUAAAUGCGUCUAUGUUUGCGCAAAUCAUUCGUGAUUCAGCUUCACCUACAGCAGAAGAGUAGGUAUAAGGUUUUUCAUGCAUCUUUGCAAAUCGCCUUUCUCAAUAAUGUGCUAGUUAGCAAGUUUCAAGGCUAAAUGCGGCUGAAGUAAACAGUAUUGUUAUCACCCCACAGAAGAUAGGGGCGGGGCGAGCAAAGCUCAUUAGCAUUUAAAGGAACAUGCAACCUAACAGGUCGCUCUAAAAAGGGCUGAUUUUGACAAGGUAACAAGGGUGUUUUUUACAGUACCACUGAGAAAUUUUAACCAAAGUAUGUUAUAGACUUCUCAUUAAGACCCUAGCGAAUCAUAUCAACUGGAAAAUGAGCAUCCGAUGACCCCCUUAAGUUUGAAUGUGACCUUCAGCCUCGACAUCCCAAGCACUGUCCAUUCGGUUACAGAAUUUUUACCUCCACUACAGAAUUUCACAAUCCAAUGAAUUUUUAAUGGCUAAAAACCAAUCCUGCAUUAUGUUCUCAUUACGUAUGUUUUUUUAAAACUUGGAAAUACACCGCAUUACAAACGAAAUGGGUUGCAUAGCAUUUUGCGUUGACUGUAACUAAACAGCAAUAGGGUUUUUACUAUAUAUUUUUGUCAGUACACACAUUUUUAACCUUGUAUAAUUGCAUUAGGUCUGAAGGUGUUAAUAUUUGAAGACUCACUAAAAUUUUUAGCAUCAGGUUUGAAGGCAAGUUUUGUAUAUUUACGUACAUAAAACGUAUAUUAACAGGCACAAAUGGGCAGUAAAACUGCACUUUUAAAAUUCAAAAACUAAUCAAACGGUCACUGAUUUCCCUUUAAUGACCUUGAACUGUCAUCAAAGCAGUUUUCUCAUCUAAACCCACGUCCGAAUCCAGAUUUGGAAAUCCAAAGUGUAAUAAAAUGUGCAUAGAGAUCAUGUGGGCCUGUAUUUUCUCAAUUUAACUUACUUAGAGAUGUCAUAUGUGCUUGUUGUUGCUACUUUUAGCACAUAGGAAAUAUAAUCUAAGCAAUAUGUCAGGAGAUCAUGUAUAAAUGUUUAUUAUAUUAAUGUCUUAGUCUCACAUAGUUACAUACAUACUACAAUACCAAUAACCUGUCAUUUGGUGCUUGUCAUGUCAUGUUUAUGAAAACAAGUUUGAUAUUGUUUGCUGGGUGCCUUAGAUUGCUACUAAUGUUUGUUCCAAAAUGUACUAAUUGCACAUUGCAUGAUAGAACUAUGUAAACCCCCCCCCAAAAAUGAAAUAUUCUGCCUUGAUCCUGUUCGUUCUUUCUUACAUUGUAAAUCAAAAAGCAUCCAUGCUAAUGUUACUCUACCUCAGAGGGUUGAGUCAGUGUGGGUUUUUUCCCA